GCGCCCUCUUCAGUUCGAAAAUCUUUUCUCAGUUUCCACAAGAAGACAUGGCUGCUACGCUUUUUGCCAGCUCAUUCUCUAGGUUUCCUACCAGAAAGUUCUUCCUCUUGCCAGGCUAUGCAAGACGGUGCAUCUCUGUGUCCUCCUCGCUGGCAGCACGGACACACGUCAGCUACGAGCUCAAGGAUGAUGUUGCGGUUAUCAGAUUCAACGAUCCAGCAUCCAAGGUGAACACACUGUCUGUGCAGAUGCAGUCUGAGCUGACAGAAGUGAUGAGUGAGAUCUGGUCGAACGGAGCUGUGAAAAGUGCUGUUCUUAUCUCCAGCAAGCCUGGCUGCUUUAUUGCUGGGGCAGACAUCAAUAUGAUCCAGGCCUGCAAGAGUCGGGAGGAGGUUACCCGUCUCUCUCGGGAAGGUCAGAAGAUGUUCGAGAGGAUUGAGAAAUCUCCCAUCCCCAUUGUUGCCGCCAUCAAUGGCUCCUGUUUGGGUGGAGGCCUCGAGUUUGCCAUAUCCUGCCAGUAUAUAAUCGCUACCAAAAGUCGGAAAACAAUACUGGGCACACCAGAGGUCUUGCUUGGACUGCUGCCUGGAGCGGGCGGUACCCAGAGACUACCGCAAAUGGUGGGUCUGUGUGGAGCAUUUGACAUGAUGCUGACAGGCAGGAAUAUCCGUGCUGAUAAAGCGAAGAAAAUGGGCCUAGUGCACCAGCUUGUGGACCCUCUGGGUCCUGGUUUGAAGCCGGCGGAGGAGAGAACGAUUGAGUACUUGGAGGAAGUGGCAGUAGGCGUGGCCAAAGGCAUCGCCAAUAACACGGUUCCCCUUUCAAAAGAGAAAAGUGUCAUGCAAAAGCUACAGGACACAGUGAUGGGUCUCGGCCCUGUCAAGAAGACAAUCUACAGGACUGUCAGCGAGAAGGUUCAGAAACAGACUCAAGGACUCUACCCCGCGCCUGUCAAAAUCAUUGAGUCGAUCAAGACUGGAGUGGAGCAGGGAAGAGAAGCAGGCUAUCAGGCGGAAGCUGAGAACUUUGGCAAACUGGCUGUGACGUCAGAGUCCAAAGCUUUGAUCGGCCUUUAUCACGGUCAAGUGACUUGUAAGAAGAACCGAUAUGGGAACCCGGAAAGAGAAGUCAAGACUCUUGCAAUCCUGGGUGCAGGGCUAAUGGGUGCGGGUAUUGCUCAGGUAUCCAUCGACAAAGGACUCAACACCAUACUGAAGGACGCCACAGUCGAAGGCAUCAGCCGAGGAGAAGAACAGGUCUACAACAGUCUCAACACGAAGGUAAAGAAGAAGGCACUGUCCUCUUUUGAGCGCGACGCUACGCUGUCCAACCUCUCCGCCCAGUUAGACCUCACGCGCUUCUCGUCCGCCGACAUGGUGAUCGAGGCCGUGUUUGAGGAUAUCAACGUGAAACACAAAGUCCUCAAGGAGAUGGAAGCAGUGAUCCCUCCUCACUGCGUGUUUGCCUCCAACACUUCAGCACUGCCCAUUAAGGAUAUUGCUGCUGCAAGCAAACGGCCCGAAAAGGUGAUUGGCAUGCACUACUUCUCACCAGUGGACAAGAUGCAGCUGCUGGAGAUCAUCACCACAGAUAAAACGUCCAAGGACACGCUGGCCUCAGCUGUGAGUGUGGGCCUCAGACAGGGCAAGAUCGUCAUUGUUGUCGGGGAUGGUCCUGGUUUUUACACCACUCGCUGCUUGGCUCCCAUGCUGGCAGAAGCUGUCAGGGUGCUUCAGGAGGGCGUGGAUCCAAAGAAGCUUGACAACUUGACAACCAGCUUUGGUUUUCCAGUCGGCGCGGCGACGCUUGCUGAUGAAGUUGGUAUUGACGUGGCAGCUCAUGUGGCUGAGGAUCUUGGCAAAGCUUUUGGCUCUCGCUUUGGAGGUGGAAAUGUGGAGGUUCUGAAGACCAUGGUAGAGAAAGGCUUCAAAGGUCGUAAGUCGGGAAAGGGCUGUUUCAUCUAUGGCAAAGGAAAAAAAGACAAGAGCGUGAAUUCCGAUGCUGAAGCAAUUCUCAAAAGAUACAAACUCAGUGCCCCUCCCUCCGUUUCUUCGGACUCUGACAUCCAGUACCGGCUCGUGUCUCGCUUUGUGAACGAGGCCGUGUUGUGUCUUCAGGAAGGAAUCCUGACAAAUCCAGUAGAGGGAGACAUCGGGGCUGUGUUUGGACUUGGCUUUCCUCCCUGCCUGGGUGGUCCGUUCAGGUUUGUGGACUCACUUGGCGCAGAGCGUCUAGUCAGCACCAUGAAGCGUUUUGAGGAAGUGUACGGAAACCAGUUCACACCGUGCCAGCUCUUACUUGACCACGCUAAAGACUCGAGCAAGAAGUUCCAUAAUUGAUCCCACCAUCCUUGGUCAUAAAUGUGGGUCAGUUUUAAUAAGCAUCUCUUGGACUGAAUCUAUUCUCUAAUCAUGAUAAUUGAUGUAAUCGUGUAGAAGUUUGUACAUUUGACCGGACUGUAGUUGCAGCUUGAGAAUGUUCAAGUAACAAAGACAGGUGCUGAAUUAAAAAAACUUGGGCUCUUUUUUGGUCUUGAA